AUGGCUCCAAAAAUUGCAAUUGUCUUUUAUUCCACAUGGACACAUGUCCAGCAGUUGGCCGAAGCUGAAGCAAAAGGCAUUGAGUCGGCAGGAGGACAAGCCGAUAUCUACCAGAUUGCCGAGACUCUCCCCCAGGACAUCCUGGAGAUGAUGCACGCUCCGCCCAAGUCUUCAUACCCGGUCAUUAGCCCAGAGAAGCUGGUCGAGUAUGAUGCAGUCCUCUUUGGAAUUCCAACCCGCUACGGAAACUUCCCAGUGCAGUGGAAGUCUUUCUGGGAUAGCACUGGCGCCAUCUGGCAGAGAGGAGACUACUGGGGUAAGUAUGCUGGUAUCUUCGUGAGUACAGGAACACUUGGUGGUGGCCAGGAGUCCACGGCCAUUUCGGCUAUGAGUACAUUGGCUCACCACGGCUUUCUGUAUGUUCCACUGGGUUAUAAACCAGUGUUCCCACUCUUGACCGAUAUGUCGGAAAUCCAUGGUGGUAGCCCGUGGGGUGCAGGCACUUUUGCGGGACCUGAUGGCAGUCGUCAGCCGACAGCCCUGGAGUUAUCCAUUGCUGAAACUCAGGGAAAGACUUUCUACGAAACUGUCAGCCGUGUCUCGAACUGA